CUUGAGUAUGUGAUAUUGCUUUUAAUGUCUUGAACGCUUAAAAAAAAAAGAUUUCCAAUAUGGUUGAAGUCACAAGAUCAAAUUUUAACGAAAUUUUCCCAUCAGUAGAACAAUCUAUAAAAAAUGCUUCUUUUAUAGCUAUUGAUACUGAAUUUACUGGCUUACAUCUAGGCCCAUCAAAUGAUAACAAUCUUUUUGACAAUUUGCGGGAAAGAUAUACGAAACUCCUGUGUCGAGCAGUUAGCUUCAUACCAUGUCAGAUUGGUCUAUCUACAUUUACCAAGUGUUUAAAUGAAAACAGUUAUUCUGUUGAAACUUUUGUAUUUUACAUUCGUCCUUGUAUGGUUGGUAGUAUUGACAGGAUAUUUAUGUGCCAAGCUUCUGCAUUGGACUUUCUGAGUGGAUAUAACUUUGAUUUUAAUAAGUUUAUUCAGGAAGGAAUCCCAUACUUAAAUGAAAAUGAAGAGAUACAAGUUCGUCAGAAGCUUGAAGAUGGAACAAUAUGUUUGCCCCAUGAAAAAUUACAAGAUCCAAGACAUCAAGUGAAACUAAAUGAUGUAAUUGACAGAACAUUUAAAAAAACUAAAAACAAGCCUGACAUUUCAAAAGAACGAAUAACUCUUCCCAUUGAUAGAAGAUCGCAUGUGUAUUUCCAGUUGAAUGAAAUUAGACGUAAAUUUCCAAAAUGUUGGGCAUAUGUUGAGAAUGAUUUGAUAGUUAUAAAAGCAGUUUCUCCUGAAGAAAGGAAAAAAUUAGAAGAAUGUAAAGCUGAAGAACAAGAAAAGGUUCUAGAUUAUUUUCUUGGUUUUACAAAAGUUUUUAGAUUGCUUAAAAAGUGCCAAAAACCGAUUGUUGGACACAAUCUUCUUAUGGAUCUGAUGCUUUUAUAUCAUAAUUUUCAUCAAAAUUUGCCAGCUACCUAUGAUAAAUUUAAGAAAGAAUUGCACAGUGUCUUUCCUGUUAUAUACGAUACAAAGCAUAUCUGGCUCAAUAUAAGAGAGGUACAGGAGUUUAAAAGAUUUGCUGCAAAUUCAGCUUUAACAGCCUUGUAUGAACUUUUAAAAAGCCCACCUGAUUAUUUAAAUACACUGUAUUCACCUGGUAUUUUACCUUCUAACUGCCAAAAAUAUGUUGUUGGAGAUUUUGUACACGACUCGGGAUAUGAUGCAUUUAUUACGGGAUAUGUCUUUUUGAAAAUAUGCCAUGUUUUGGCAAUUGAAAAAAUUUCGCCACCUGUUUGGGUUAAACCACAGACUUUUAAGCAGCAUUUAGAUGCCAUUUCACCAUUUGUAAAUAAAGUGAAUUUUUCAUACUUCCAAUUGAAAUAUAUUAAUUUGGAUGGUGCUGAUCCAGAGCCACAACAGCCCGGUUAUUUAUACAUUUCUCCUAAGACUUGGACCAGAACUUUGACUCGUGAAGAGUUACUCAUGCGUUUCAGUAAACAUCACACUCUUGAAUUCAAGUUCAUAAAGGGACGAAGAGCAGCUUUAGCGGUCGUUCAGAAUGUUUACAUGUACAAUAGAAUUUUGAAGGAAUUUAAAGAUGAUCCUGAUAUCAUUGUCGAAAAAUACAAUUUCCUUAGACAUUCGCCUUAUGUCAACGGAAUUGUUUGGUUGACAGCUCUAACAUCUGGGUGUCUGAUUGCUACUUGGAUUUGGAAAUCUAUUUAAUGUCUCUGUUUGUUCUGAAUAUUUAACCCAUUUAUGCCCAAUGUAAUUUAAGGCCUAGAUCUUGGCAAAUUUCUUUUAAAUUAUAUAAAACUAUAUUAACAUAAUUGUAAAUACCAAAAUUUUUAAAGAUUUAUAAAAAAAAUGAGGAUAUUGGGCAUUGAUAGGUUAAUGCACAAUGUAAUUUUAAACAUAAGGAAUUUUUUUGUAUUUAUAAUUUUUCUGUAUUUAUAAUUUUUAUUUUUAUAAUUUUUCUAUUGAAGAUUUUAAAUGUAGUGUGUGUGAUGUUUUUGAAAUACAAAAAAAAGAAUUUCAUAAAAAUGUUGUUGAAUAAUGUUUUUUCAAAAUGUUGCUAUUGGAAAUCAACUUCAACAGUUAAAUGCUUUUUUAUUAAAAAAAAACAGUGAAACUUAGUGAAGUUAAUUCAAUUUUAUAUAUAAACUUUUCUAAUUUUGCAAUAAUGUACCUGGAUUUCAUAAAAUGUUUGUUUCAAUUUACAUGCCGACUUUUAAAUAACAUACUGGAGUUUCCUCAAGAUAAAAAAACCUUUUUACUUUUGAAUUACCAAAAUGAUUCACAAAUGGAAAAUAUUCUAUGAAAGUUUUUUAAAUUUUACAAUCUUUAUCUAUAUUAUCUUCAUGAAGAUUUGAAUUUUCAUAUGUAAUUUGCUGGUAGCAUUCGUUUUAACAGAUAAAUUCUAUUUGCCGCGACGUGAAAGAUUAAUGCAAAUUUGAAUAGUUAAUCCAACAUAUUACAGCAUGAUAAAGUAUAGCCUUUAUUUGUCUAUCUUUAUUUUUAAAAUUUUAUUCCUCAUUUUAUACAACAUUAAUAACAUGCACACACAAUUACAUUUUAUUGUUUCAACGCGUGUGUGCCCAGUAAUGAAAGUUGCUAAUAUAUUUUUUAUAUAUAUUACAUUAAAAUUUAAUAAGUCAGAGAAAAAAAUUGACAUUAGUAAAAAGAUCUUUUUAACUUUAAAGUGGUAUGUAAAUAAGUUUUGUACAUUAAUAUUGAAGAAAAACGUUAAAGAUUUGAUUAUUUUAAGAUUAAAGUUUUUAAAACUUUUCUUAUUGAGUACUUACUACAAAGGAAAUAAUUGCUUACUGAAUUUGGUAACUUGAAUUUCUGCAUCUGACUGUGUAGAAUGUCCAGAAUGGUUUUUUUUAUCAUGUAUAUGUCACUUGACGCAAUUUAUAAUUUGCUUGUGUGUGUAAUAGUACUGUGUUAAAAUGCGCCAAAUUUUGUAUAUAUUCUUGUGAAUUGCAAUCUGUAUCGUUUACAUUAAAACUGAUUCUAAUUGAAAUUUUCACGUUUAAAAAAUACAAGCGUUCACCAAGGAAAAACUAGUGGUCAGUUCUUAUCGAGGACGAAUGUGGUCACAAGAAGACAAGACAAAGUUCUAUAUAAACAAUAUUUCAACUUUCAGUUUCGAAUUUAAAGAUUCUUAACAUCAAAUAAUAUAAGCGAAAUUAAAAUCGAAAAAACUUACACCAAUACAACGAAUGCAUUCAACUAUGCAAUUAUAAAUAUUUGUGAAUGAAUGGCAAUUCUGAAGAAAGACAAGUAAAAAUUGCAUAGCUGUAACUCUGGGAUUUUUUUUUUUAUAUAAGUGGUAAAUCUCUGAACGAACUAGUCUUUCCUAUUGGAGAAACUCUUUAACCCUUUAUAACGUUUUUUUUUCUUCCCAACUGAUUUUUUUAAAAAAUAAUUAUUACAUAUAAAUCUAUUAAAUGAGAUAUAGUUUCGGUUUAGAUACCAUGAUUGGAGAAAAUAUGUAAAAUUUAUAUUGCUUGAGAAUCUUUGCAAAAGAUGGUAUUUUUAUAUUAGCAGUAUUACUACUACCUAUGUGUCACUGAUUCUCAACUACCACCAAAUGAUGCCCCCAAACACAAUCCAUAUUCGAGGAGAGCCAAUCGAUUCAUUUUUGCAUGCAGUUAUUAUCCUGCUGAUGGAUAAGAGGCGCGGGGGGGGGGGGGGGUCGUGGCUUCGAACGUAUUAAUACCGAAGUGCUUUUUGAAGUAAACUUUCGACAUGUAAAUUCUAUUCUUUUAUAUAAUACAGUCCUUAAAAGUUAAAAAAGAUCGAAAUAGAUUUUUUUUAAUGAAAUUAAAAUUAAAACCUUCUUUAAAAAAAUUUCAAAAAAAAAAGAUUAAGAUUAUAAUAACGGUCGUCAUCGAUUGAUCAAUUUUUAUCGAUUGGUUUGAUAUAAAAUAUUGCAUUGCAGCCAGUACUAAGAAUUGAAUUUUUGUAUAUAUUUCAUUUUGAUUUUUGUAUAUGAUUCAUUUGAAUGAUUAUUUUUAUGUAAGUGCUUUGAUUGUCAUGAAAAGUUUUGUAAUUAUUUAAAAUGUGGAA